AAUCCAAGUGGUGUUCCUGCAACAUACAAGUAUACGGCGUGGGAGCAGGUGUGGCCGGGAUACGGACUGGUCAGAACAUAUCCCGGUUCAGACGUUCUCACACUGACAAGGCUCACGUACGAGGAUAGCGGUGUCUACACAUGCAAAGUGGAGAACGGUGUUCCGUACAGCAGGAACGCGAGUGCAGGUCAAGGACAAGCCCUACUCAACAUACUGUCCUAUCCUGUUAUUGCGAACGCUGAAACCACCAUUAACGUUGCAGUUCAGAUCGGAAACGUUUCGGAAUUUUCGGCUGAGUUCUUCUCGAAUACACAAGAUGCAACAGUUUAUAUUAAAAAAGAAAACUUUGAAUCAAAAGCAGACAUUGCAUUGACCAAAAUAAUGCCAAAAAAGGUGAAAAUGCAAGUUUUCGAUCACAACAUUGAAGUUGAGUGCUUUGUUGUAAGGGCAUUGCUGAAUAUAACGAAGGUAGAAGAACUGGGAUCAUACAACAUGUUCGUUCAAAAUUCAAUUGAAAGCAGAAGUCUUUCUUUUAAUCUUAUACCAGAAGGUCCACCAGGUGGCCUAACCAUCAUUUCCGUAAACAACGUACAACAAACGUCAGCGGUGGUGACCUGGACUCGAGGAUUUCAUGGUGGGUUCAGACAGACUGUAUAUGUUGAACUCAGUAUCGACAGUCAUCGUUGGAAUGUUAAAUUAAAAUUGAAUGAAGGGAAAAAUGAAGACAAAGAUGAAGUAAAUACAACAUUGCAAGAACUUCAACCAGGAUCAUUAUAUUACAUACGAAUGUAUGCUGAAAACGAUCGAGGAAAAAGUGGAUAUACUAGAAUUUUCAAUGUCACACUAUUAGACAGUGUAACGACAGAGAAAAGUCCAAAUGCUGGCCCCGCUAUUGGAGGGGCGAUUGGUGGAGUUCUUGGAGCGGUCGUGACCGUAGCUGUCUUCAUUGUCAUUUUCAGACGAAAAUACGCAUUGCACUGCAACGUGUUCGUAACAAGAAAAACAGGAGGCCCUGCCCAGACAUCGAUAUCCGGCGCUGUCAAUCCUAAUUUCGACGCUGCCCAGACAUACGAGGAUGUGUCCAUGACAACGGGAACAUCAGUCUACGAUGCUCUGAGUUAGUAUAAAACUUAACGUUGUAGUUCGGUAUUGUGUUAUCCUUGAUUAUUAUACACAUACAUUAGGCAGCAACUGUUGUAGCAACCGCAUUGUUCGUAACCUUGCGCCAUACGCAUAUACAACGUUUAUGGCGAAUACAUGGUUGGUGCUGAGAUGAGGGCAGUUUAUCUGGCGAGCGAGAAAGCGGUCACUUGUGAGCAAAGUAAAACAUACUUUAUUUUAACAUCAACCGAGAAAUAGAUUAAUCCUGUUGUUUUUUUGAAUGCGUGUAACAUCAAUGUUCUGGAUGAGAUUUUGAAGUACGCAUCUAACUAUGUUAUUUAUAAACAUAACUCUUUCCUUAAAAGAUCUGCCUUUCGGCGAAUAGUUUCUGAUGAUAAGUGGGGUAGGUUCGGAUUGCGACCCAUAUUAUAUUUAUAAACAUGUAACAUGUAUAAACAAGUGAAAACUGUUCAUCUUGUUAUUGUUUGUAUGGUGUCAGCGUCAUAGGAAA